AUGUCGUCUCCUUCUGAUGAUGCAUGGCAGAGUAUUAUUGAGACUGUCGAAGAGUUGCGGCGCCUCUCGUCGCUCUCCUUAAAGCAUCCCAUGCUUCAAGAAGUGCUAACAAGGCUUGAGAGGUAUGAAGGCGAUAAUGAUGACGUUGCAUUGGAACAGAUAUGUGCCCUUCUGAUAGAUUCCUAUGGCACUAUCAAGGAUGCGGCAUCCCUCAAGUUUGUUGGACAAAUUUUGGAAACUGUGGCAGUCAGAGACAAGAAAUAUUUGACGAUGAUCUCGAGUCAAUUGCUCAGUGUAGCGCAAUAUUGUUCGUCGACCAAAGCAUUAAAAAGUAACCUGAACCUGUUAGAUGGUAUUAAUUCCUGUUUGGGCUUUACUUAUAGAUUUUCGGAGUAUGCGUUUAAUUUAGACAUGGCGAAGCUUGUUCAGGCUCAAUGCCUCGUCGCAAAUGGCAUUGAGGAUAUGCUAUCGGUCCAAGAGUCGAAAUCGGUGAACCGGGGACAGAAACAGCAUGCUAAGCGUCUACGUGGCAGUGUUUUGCAGUCAAUCACUAAAGUAUACGUUUCAUGCUUAAACUUCAAAGCCGGCGAUUUUGGACUUAACGUUGCAUCGGCGCUGACAGACAAUUACGACAAAUCGAAAUUACCGGCUAAAGGGGUUUUGGUUUUGUUAGGAUCGAUUUCCAAGGCGUGCACCCAAUUGCUAUCUUCCCAGCCAUCAGCGUACGAUUCAGUACGUUUGAACUGCGUACAGCCAUUCUGUGACUUCAUCAGUAGAGAAGUUAUUCUAUCCAAGUCGGUGAUAGCUGGCAGCUGCUUGGAAGCGUAUCUCAAACCAUUUAUGGGAGAAUUUGUGGACGAGGAGGUGUUCAGUGAACAUUUCAUUGCCAACAUGGAAAAAAGCGUUUUGAGGGCACCUGAAUUUGGUUUUACUACAAACGCAGUUAUCUUCGGUGGGUUGGAUGCUAGAAAGAUUGAUUUAUGCAAAUACUUCGUUCAAACGAAGCUCAUGUCGCAAACCUUUUCCUCUCUGAAAAGCAGCAAAGAGAAUGUGAGGAAAGCGUGCUUAAGCUCAUUCACUCAGCUGCUGCGUAGCUUGAGCGAGAAUAAUACAUCCUGCAAUGAUCUUUUGCUACUUGUAGAUGAAUUGUUUAAAAAUUUGAAAACAAAUUUGAACAUCGAAUACAAAAGCAUUGCAUGUCAAAUUCUAACCAACAUUCCCCUGAUAUUUGAGGGGACCUCGAAAGAAAUUGUCUCGAAACUGGCACCAUACGUUUCAAAAGAAUCUAAUGAAAGCGUUUUGCCAAUCAUGCUUACAGCACUAUUUGUUCAUCUCUCUAAUAUUGAAGAUGUGGCCACCGAUAUGACUGCUCUUAUCGAGAAAGGUCUAAGUGAUAAAAAGCUUCAAGUCAGAAAAUUAUGGCUCACCGGUUUGUUGGCUAAUUAUUCUGGGUCUUUGUUUCAAUCGGAACAAUUCACCUCUAAUAUCCAUGCAUUUACGAAGGACGUUCUCUCGUCCCCACAAACUCAUGAUCAUAAUGCUAUAUUUGCCUGUUUAAAGUACCUGAACGAGGUUUCUAGGUCUCUUCAAGACCAGGAAAGGAAAGAGUUGUUCCAACAAAUGGCAAACAUUGGAAAUGCAUUGGUGAUCGUUACCCUUUCGACGCAAUUGGUGCCUAAUAAAAGAGUCUUAGCAACCGAGCUUUUGAAAAGCUAUUUGAAGUAUUCGCCUUCGUUAAUAGGACCAGGUGUGAUUAGAUCCCUCGAAGUUGCGGUUUCAGAAAGGCGUGAAAAUUCCUUAAUUAGCUUACGUUUCAUCUCACCCGUUUUGUUGAGUUUCGCUCAGCCCACAGAAGACAUCGAGUCCAUGGAAAAAGUCUUCAUCGAGCUUCUUGCCUUAUUUCAGUUUCCGGAGUUGUUACUUAAGUUUACCUGGGCGGACAUGGUAAUUAAGGCAAACCUGGACCCAGGCUCCCUUAUUAAGAGAUUUGGAAGAACUAUAGUGGAUAGAGCUAAACAACUCUCAGAUAAUCAUGCUAUUAGUGCGCAAUUGAGACGUGCGACAAUUGAUGCUGUUGCUUACGCAGCUUUUAUCAAUACAGAAACGAUUAUUCCGUUAGCAAUUGACUUGAUAAAAGAUGGACUUGACUUGGAAUCGCUUCAAAAAAUCACAACUGAGGAUUUGAACGUCUGGCGAGGACAAGAAGGCCAGUUGGCUAUUAACGUUUUGGAGGAGAAAGAGGCCCGGUCCUCUGCUCAGCACAGAAAUGGAAAAGAUUCGGAGACUCUCAAAUGGGAAGAAGAAAUCCGGAAGAAGCAAGCAGCGAAAAGAACAACUACGAAAAAGCUCUCAAAGGACGAACAGGAUUUAGUUGAUGCUCAAUUGCGCAAGGAAUCAGCAGUACGGGCCGAGGUUGGCAUUCGUUAUUUACGCCUAAGCACGAGUUUAAAUCUAAUAAGAUCUUUGACCAUAGGAGCCUCUCUGGUUGAAAAUGGCUCCCAAAAAUGGUACCCAGCGAUAAUUCACGAUCUUCUAGCCGCACUUCAAGAGGAAAAUAUUUGGGAGCUUGUUAAACUACAAGGUAUUGAAACUUACCUAGCCCUGUCAAAAAUUACUUCUCCUCGUCUCUCUUCAUUACGUCUCUUCGUCGGCCUCGCGACUCUUCGCGUGUUAGGUGUUUCCCAUAUUCCUGAGAAUUAUUUGAAGGAAUCAGCAUUAGACCUAUUAUCUCGUGUUCUCUUUAAGAUCAAAUUUGCGGCUGAUAAAAAAGCUUUUGACCAAUUGACUUUAAAUUAUAUGCUUCCCCUUCUGACAGUCGUUCUUGAGGAAGGAUACAGAGUUGCGAAAUCCAACGCGGGGAAGCCUCGAAUCAAAAGCGAUUUUGUUGAAGAAGACAAAGAAGAAGAACAUCUGCUGCUUGCUCUGGAAAUCAUCUCUGCACAUGCCGAAGCUUUCCGCGAUUCUUCGAUACCAAGAACAAAUGUUUUGAAGACCCUCCUUUCGCUUCUCUCUAUCCCAUCCCGGGCUCGGGCAGCAAAGGAAAGUCUUAUGACUUUAUCCCAAAAUAUCUCUUUAAUACCAUUGGAGGAUGAUCUGACUCUAUUUUUGAGAACACUGAUGUCGCCUAAUCAAUUUGUGAGAGCAUCAAUAUUAGAGGCACUGGAUGAAGAGUUUGACUUGCAGCCUUUCAUGGAGUUCUCUCCGGAAAUAUUUAUACUUAUGUUUGAUGAGGAUGAAUCAAAUAGAGAGACUGCAAAGUUCAUCUGGGAGUUGAAUAAGUUCCAAAUUAAGGAGGACCUGUUAUCCUCUCUACUUAAUUUCUUCAAUCAGGAGGAUAGCGGGCUACGUCUUUUCGUAGCGAGAGCGUUUUCCUCUGCAUUGAACGUACUCUAUAGAGAGGACAAGUCCAUGUUCGAGAAAUAUCUCGCUGUCCUUAUGGAUUACUACUUGGAAAUGAACAAAAUUCCAGAGCCAAUUUUGGAUGAAUACGGCCUUGUUGUUAUCACUUCUGAGCAGCAAAAAGAUCCAUGGACUUCCAGAAGUACCGUGGCCAUCACACUCAAAGAGUUUUCGAGAUUUUUCCCUUCAGACUCUGAAAGCGUCUUGGAUUUCGCAAAAUUUAUGAUUGAAAGCGGCUCUUUGGGCGAUAGGGAAGUGAUUGUUCGGCAAGAAAUGAAGGAGGCCGGAAUUGAGUUCAUUGCGUUCCACGGAUCCAAAAAUGUACAUGAGCUGGUCCCUCUCUUUGAGCAAGCUAUAAAUUCUGUCAAGGAGGAUAAAGUCAAGGAGAACAUUAUUAUUCUUUAUGGAACUCUUGCACAGCAUUUACCUUUUAACGAUGUUAGAGUCAAGGCAAUCACGGAAAAACUAUUGGAAGUCCUUGAAAGCUCAUCUGAGGAUGUGCAGCAAGCAGUCUCUGAAUGUAUCGCUCCACUGGUUUCUUCUUUGAAAUUGAGCGUAUCUGAUUAUGUUUCCAAACUGCUAGAAAAUCUGCUAGCCGUCAAAGUACCUCUCUGUUCACGCAGAGGAGCGGCCUGGGGUCUCGCUGGGCUGGUAAAAGGUUUUGGAAUUGGUGCAUUGUCAGAAUUUGAUAUCACGAGGGCUUUGAUGGACGCAUCAGAGGACAAAAGAAAUCCGGAUGUGAGAAUAGGUGUCGCUUAUGCCUUCGAAUGCUUGUCGAAAACCCUUGGCAAAUUUUUCGAGCCUUUCGUCAUUGAAAUUCUUCCGAAUAUCUUAAAAAAUCUGGGUGAUGCUGUACCCGAAGUACGGGAUGCUACGGCAGGAGCCACCAAAGCUAUAAUGGCACAUACUACCAGCUUUGGUGUCAAGAAAUUGAUUCCAGUUGCGAUACGCAACCUUGAUGACAUUUCUUGGCGUACCAAAAGAGGCUCGGUCGAGCUCCUUGGAAACAUGGCUUAUUUAGACCCCACUCAGCUAUCGGUAUCGCUGUCAACAAUUGUUCCACAAAUCGUUGCUGUUUUGAACGACUCUCAUAAAGAAGUGCGCAAAGCUGCAGACCAAUCUUUGAACCGUUUCGGGGAAGUCAUCAGAAAUCCUGAGAUUCAAAGAUUAGUGCCAACACUCAUUAAAGCGAUUGGUGACCCCACAAAGUACACAGAUGAAGCUCUGGAUGCGUUGAUUCGCACACAAUUCGUUCAUUACAUCGAUGGUCCAUCCUUGGCUCUCAUCGUCCAUGUUAUUCACAGAGGGAUGCGUGAGAGAUCGGCAAAUACCAAAAGAAAAUCUUGCAAGAUUGUUGGAAAUAUGGCCAUUCUCGUUGAUGCUCACGAUCUAGUACCAUAUCUAGGGCAGCUUAUUGAAGAAGUUGAGGUUGCCAUGGUUGAUCCCGUUCCAAAUACAAGGGCAACAGCUGCUCGCGCUUUAGGUGCUUUGGUUGAGAGGCUGGGAGAAGAGCAAUUCCCUAACUUGAUACCUCGUUUGUUGGAUACCUUGAGCGAUGAGUCCAAGGCUGGUGACCGUUUUGGCUCAGCCCAAGCCUUGGCAGAAGUUAUAAGCGGAUUAGGCUUAUCAAAGCUAGAUGAAAUGCUGCCCGUCAUUUUGGCCGGUGUCAAAAACUUUAGAAGCUACAUUCGUGAAGGAUUCAUGCCUUUGCUUCUGUUUUUACCUGUGUGUUUCGGAACACAGUUUGCUCCAUACGUGAGCCAAAUUAUUCAACCUAUUUUAGCUGGUCUAGCUGAUCCUGAUGACAACAUUAGUGAUACAGCACUCAAGGCUGGUAAACUACUAGUGAAAAAUUAUGCCACGAAAGCCGUUGACCUUUUGUUGCCGGAAUUGGAGCUAGGAAUGUUCGACGAAAACGAAAGAAUCAGACUUUCGUCAGUGCAACUGUGCGCUGAUUUACUAUUUCAGGUCACUGGUAUUUCCUCGAAGAACGAGUUUGAAGAUGAUGAAACAGAGCAUCAUAGUGAAGUCACUAAGCAGAUGGUAGAGGUUCUAGGAACUGAACGUCGUGAUAGAGUUCUAUCCUCUUUGUUCGUUUGCAGAUCAGAUACAUCCGGUAUAGUGCGCGCGACUACCGUUGAUGUUUGGAAAGCCUUGGUUCCUAACACGCCUCGCACCAUUAGAGAAAUUUUACCUACCCUAACAAACUUGAUAGUCGCCCAUUUGGCAUCACCUUCCCCUGUUUUGAGACAUAUCUCAGCGCAGAGCUUGGGAGACAUGGUUAAAAGAGUCGGUGGAAAUGCAAUGUCAGAAAUUCUGCCAACGUUGAAUUCUUCGAUAGAGAAAUCAUCUGACACUGGUAGCAAGCAAGGGGUGUGUAUUGCGCUACAAGAACUUAUCAUCUCUUCAGCCUGGGAUGUUUUGGUUGAAUAUCAGGAUUCUAUUGUCAAUAUCAUUCGCGUGGCGCUUGUCGAUCAUGAUUUGAUUGUUAGGGAAGCUGCGGCUUCUUCAUUCGACGUUUUCCAGGAUGUUUUCGGAAAUGUUGCUGUCGAUGAAAUACUUCCUCAUCUUCUCAACCUGCUGCAAUCUCCUGAGAGCUCCGAGUACGCCUUGUUGGCUUUGCAGGAAAUCAUGUCCACUAAGUCUGAGGUGAUCUUCCCUAUCCUAAUUCCAACACUGUUGCGCUCUCCCGUGGAUGCUUUCCGUGCUCGUGCCCUCGGUUCUCUGGCUCGUGUGGCUGGCUCGGCACUCUACAGGCAUUUGUCGCUGAUCAUAAAUGCUUUGGUUGGCUCGCUUGUCGAUCUGGACUCGAACACAGGGCUAGUAGAGGCAUUACAUGAAGCAUUGGACGCCGUUUUUUGCUCCGUUGUUGAGAGUGAAGGUCUACACCCUUUGCUACAGCAGAUUCUGUCAUUAUUGAAAGAUGACAAUAAGGAGAAGAGGAUUGUCGUUUUGGGGCGCCUCCCUCAUUUUUUUGAUGUUACGACUUUGGAUUACAGUGUCUAUACAGCCGACCUCGUUUCUGACCUUGUACUCUCCUUCGAUGAUUCAGACGAAAGAGUCCUAAAGGGAACCUUUGAAACGCUGACAAUCUUGAUUAAGAAGCAAGAUAAGUCGAACUUGGAAAGAUUAGUUAAACCCUCAAAACAAGCGCUUCAGCUUGCCGGAAAAUCAGGUCAAGAGCUGGCAAUUUUUGGAUUACCAAAAGGUCCAAGCUGCAUUUUGCCUAUAUUUCUACACGGGUUGAUGUACGGUUCCAACGACGAUAGGGAAUCUUCAGCCAUAGCAAUUGCCGACAUUGUCAGUCGGACCCCUGCGGCAAACUUGAGACCGUUCGUCACCGUCAUCACUGGACCUUUAAUUCGUGUCGUGGGUGAAAGAUUCCCUGCAGAUAUCAAAGCAGCUAUUCUCUUUGCAUUGAACAAACUGUUCGAUAAGGUUCCUCAGUUACUACGGCCUUUCAUUCCACAACUGCAAAGAACUUUUGUGAAGUCGUUAUCGGACCCCUCGAACGAGAAGCUCAGAUUACGCGCUGCUAGAGCUCUUGGGUCGUUGAUUGAAUAUCAGCCUAGAAUCGAUCCGCUUGUUGCCGAACUCGUGAACGGUACAAAGCAAAGUAGUGACAGCGGCGUGAAAAGCGCGAUGUUGAGAGCGCUUCUAGAAGUCAUGACCAAGGCCGGUGACAAAUUGAGCGAGAAUUCAAAGAAAAGCAUCAUUAAUUUGGUUGAGGAACAAAUUUCAUCAGUGGAUGAUAAAUUGGCUACGGCCUAUGCAAAAUUAAUCGGAUCUUUAUCCAGCAUAAUGUCUUCAGAAGGGGCUAAAAACAUUCUCGCAGAUAAAGUCCUUGAUAGUGAUCUGGAAGGAGACAGCGGGAGAUUUGGCAUUUUAACUUUGAAUUCAUUCUUGAAACAUGCUCCACAACACGUUUUCCAAGUUGACAUCUUGCAACGGGUUGUGGAGUAUCUGUUGAAGGCAUCCGAUGCACCCAGUCCUUAUAUUUCGGAGAAUUCUUUAAUGGCAAUCGGUAAAUUACUCUUGCUACAGAAUGAAAACAAAUCUCUUGAUAGCACUUAUCAAUCGCCCGAACCUUUUAGACUGGACGAUGCUGAUAUUUCCAAGUUGAUCCGGCAACUCUGUAAGUGCAUGUUAAAGCCUGAGAGCAAUUCGCUAGACGCUAGACGUUACGCCCUCGUCGUCGUGAGAACAUUGGCGAGGUUUAAGUUCAACGAAUGCAUCGUUUCACAUUACGAUUGGCUGGGUACAUCUGUGUUUUCGUGUCUCCGCGAUAUCAUCAUACCUGUCAAACUAGCCGCGGAAAAGGCAUAUUUGGCGAUUUUCAAGCUCGUUGAAGAUCCUGAUAUGAAUUUAUUCAACGAAUGGGUCGCACAGUUGAAAUCAGAGAGCGUGGCAAACUGCGUAGGAACCACCGUGCUCGUAAGAUCUAUCAAGGACUACACCAAAAGAGUCGGUAAAAGGCUUGCCAGUGUCGAAAGAGAGAGAAUCGAGGCUGGAGGUGAUCCUGAGACGGUGUUUUCAGACAGAUUUGAAGAUGAACGUGAGAUCUGGGCCGUUGGCAGUGUUGAUCUCUCUUCAGAUGACUAG